GCGAGACUUCCCACCAGCCUCUCGCCUGCAUCCAGCUGGUAGCCUAGCCUGCCGUUGACGGUUUUGUUGCAGUUGAGAAGUCAGCCGCCGGUCGUCAUGGGCAACAUCUUUGGAAACCUGCUGAAGAGCCUGAUAGGCAAAAAGGAGAUGAGGAUCCUUAUGGUGGGGCUAGACGCCGCUGGGAAAACCACCAUUCUUUACAAGCUGAAGCUGGGCGAGAUCGUGACCACCAUCCCCACAAUUGGUUUCAAUGUUGAGACAGUAGAAUACAAGAACAUCAGCUUCACUGUGUGGGAUGUAGGCGGCCAGGACAAGAUUCGUCCCUUGUGGAGGCACUACUUCCAAAACACUCAGGGUUUGAUUUUUGUGGUGGACAGCAAUGACCGUGAGCGUGUGAAUGAAGCCCGAGAGGAACUCAUGAGGAUGCUGGCUGAGGAUGAGCUGCGGGAUGCUGUUCUUCUCGUCUUUGCCAACAAGCAGGACCUGCCCAACGCCAUGAAUGCCGCAGAGAUUACUGACAAACUGGGUCUGCACUCCCUGCGCCACCGCCACUGGUAUAUUCAGGCCACCUGUGCCACGAGCGGCGACGGCCUCUAUGAGGGCUUGGACUGGCUGGCCAAUCAGCUGAAGAACAAAAAGUGAAGCACGUGUCCUGGAGAGUGGGGAAGAGCCUGGGUGCCAGCUCCAGGCCGUACUUGUGGAUACAUCCACGGAGAGGCAGAGCUGAAAGGCUCCUUGCAGGUGACUCAAUGGCGCCCCAUCUCCUCACCUCAAAAUGUUCUCUCUUAUUCUUUUACUGCAUUAUUUAUUGAUUUGUUUAGAUCUGCAGGGAGAGUUUUUAAUCAUGUGCGAACCAACGUGACCUAAAUAUCUUGCAUUCUAUACACUGGAUACAUAAUCAUUGGGAUGAACAAUGUGAAUGAUAUAUAAUAUUACUGUAAAGGAAUAUGUAUUCUUCCUCCUUUGCCGUGUUUAUUAUGUGUUCAGGGUCUAAACGUGUUUGCAGAGUGAUAUUACUUAACUGUACUUUCCCUUCCAUACUUGAUGUAAAUAAAUGUCAUAAUAGUAAAGCUGGAGUAACGCUGUUAUCUCAGAAUACUAUCAAAUUGCAAAAUAUUCAUCAUUAUUUGUCAAAACCAAUGUUAUACCGAAUGAUGUACAUCAGCGUAAAGUACAUAUUUUGCUUAAAGUGUCUAUUUAGAUUUUUUUAUAACAAUAGAUAUGUAUUUAAUUUCACUCCAAACACACUGGAUAGUUUACUUUUUGUUUAUUUAUUCUGUUUAAUUGCAAUAUUUACUGAUAUGCAGAUGGAGUUGAUUGGCUCCCAUCGAGCUGUCAGAUUCAUUUACAUCACUGCUUCUCAUCCAGCAUGGUAAUACACCAACUCUGGCUUGUGAUCUUACGGGGGCAAUGACAUGCUGCAGACUGCUGUAUAUAAGACGUAUACUGCAGGCUACAUGUUGCUAUUGGCCAGCAUAGCCACUGAUGAGCAAGAGAAGCCUCUGUGGUGCAAGCAACUGCAUUCUAUCUGUCAAUGCAAUUGUCAUUGCUUGAUCCCUAAUCCUGUGCUUCUUGGCAUUACUUGUGGUACCAUGAUGCACAAAAUAACACAUUUUGUUGUACAAAUGUUUAUUUUCCAAUGGAUGGAGUAGUUGUUUAGUGUUCUUAAUUUGUUAACCUGGGCAUCCGUCUUUGCGAAUGUUGACAUUGCACUGUUUUCAGAAAAGGAGGCAAGGGAAUGCAUCAAAAGGCAUGUUAAUACUGUACAAGAUCUGUAAUAAAAUGAAUCCUAUA